AUGAUUGUAUGUUACUCUGGUCAAAGAAUAAUGGACGAAAGUCAGAGUAUAUUCUAUCGAGCAUAUGCAGCAGAAUGGUACAAGUUCUCGCCUAUAGAAUCUUUAUUGAUAAUAACUCUUUACAGAAAUAAUGUGUCGUGUGAAUUGAAAGCAGGCAGUAUGGUCCCAUUAUCUAUCGCAACUUUUGCGGCGGUGAUACGAAUUGCCAUGUCUUAUUUCACAGCGUGA